CGUCCAUGCAUGAAUUCAAUUCAACAUGGAGGCGGUGGUGGCGUAAAAAUCAUUGCUGCGAAAUGUUCAAACAAGUCCAGAGAAGGCGAUAACUUCAAGGGAACCACCGAUGGAGCCCAGCCUGGUCACCGGGCUGUACGGAGAGGUCAGCGGGCUCCCUGCCCCGGUUUCUGCUCAUGUGAGUGAAGAGCAGCUCCCAGAGGUCCGGACAUUCACCGUGACUGCUGAGUGGAGUCAGAGCGACCUGGUCCGAGGCUCCAGACUUCGCUACUCGCAGCAGUGGACUCUGAUCGCAGACAGCAACCACCACAAGAGCAUCAGGACUGUCCUCCCUCCAGGACCCUGUGCACCUGUGGCUGGAGAGUUAGUGAGUGCUAUCUCUCCCAUUCGAGGCCAGAGGGCUGUUGUCAGGGAAACAAGCGGCCACCAGCUCCUCGAGAUAUGGAACCACCACGGCCUCAGGAAGUGCCUCAACCUGACAGCUCUCAAAAAACACGGCAGAGUGUACGAAGAUGUGCAGUUUGGCUGUCUUUCCUGGUCAGAGUGUGAAAAAAAACUGCUGUAUGUAGCUGAGAAGAACAAGAACACACAUGAUGGAGAAUCUGCAUGCAGAAAGGACAGGAGUGUGUACUGUGAAGACUGGGGCGAGGCUUUAAACAAUAAGAGCGUUCCGGUGAUAUUCGUGCUGAAUCUACAGAAUGGCUCCGUCAGCGAGCUACAGGGCAUCCCCCCUGAUGUCUCCCCUGGACAGGCUCUGUGGGCUCCCGGCAGUCAGUCUGUGGUGUUUGUGGGUUGGUACCACGAGCCCUUCAGACUUGGACUGAGGUUCUGCUCCAACCGCAGGUCAGCGAUAUUCAAGCUCGACCUGGAUGGAAACUGUGAGUGUGUGUCGGGGUCCGACCUCUCGGUGUCCUGUCCCCGGCUGAGUCCUGACGGCUCUACCAUCGUCUACUUGCAGGGCCGAGUGUUCGGCCCCCACAACCAGUGCCUUAGUCUGCAGCAGUUGGACCUGAGGAGCAGGAAGUCAUCCACACUGCUGGAGGUUGUCAACAGACCACUGACUGGUGAGUUUGCAGGUGUGUAUGAGGCUCUGCCCCCCUGCUGCUGGUCUGCCGACAGUCAGAGAGUGGUGUUCAGCAGCGCCCGCAGGAACUGGAAGGAUCUCUAUAUGGUGGACAGACAAUCAAAUAAAGUUACCUCCCUCUCUGAUAGUCUUCCUGAUCUUUCCAAAGUGUUCGGCAGUUGGAAGCUGCUGACAGUACAGAAGGACCUGAUGGUUGUCUGCUGCUCCAGCCCCAACACACCCCCCACUCUGAGGGUGGGUUUCCUCCCCUCAGCAGGUGAGGCUGUGACCUGGCAAACCCUGCAGCAGCCCGUCAUGACCUUUGACCUCCACUGGACUGUACUAGAUGUUACACCUCCACCAGAGGAGGACAACACACACUACUCUGGUUUAGACUUUGGGGCUGUUUUGGUUAAACCCACUCGUCGCCUACAUGAAACCAAGAUACCUCUGGUCGUCUUCAUCCACGGUGGCCCCCACUCACAGUUCCCAGCUGAGUGGAACAGCACCACAGCUGGACUGGCUCAGCUCGGCUUUGCUGUGCUCAUGGUGAACUACCGGGGAUCCACAGGGUUCGGACAGGAUAGCAUUUUGUCCCUGAUCGGCAAUAUCGGAACGCAGGAUGUAAAGGAUGUGCAGAGGGCCGUGCUCACAGCGCUGCAGAGUGACAUCACCCUCGACCCCAAACGACUGGCUGUGAUUGGUGGAUCUCACGGAGGUUUCCUCUCUUGUCAUCUGGUGGGUCAGUACCCAGAGUUCUACAGGGCGUGUGCGGCCAGGAACCCUGUCAUUAAUGCUGCCACCUUAUUGGGCACCAGUGACAUAGUGGACUGGCGUUACAGCAGUGUGGGGCUUCAGUACUCGUAUGACCAGAUCCCCACUGCUGAAGCCCUGGCUGCCAUGUUGGAGAAGUCCCCCAUCACACAUGCUGCUCAGAUUAAGGCUCCAGUGUUGUUGAUGCUGGGGGGAAAAGACAGAAGAGUGUCCCCUCAUCAGGGGCUGGAGCUCUACAAAGCGCUGAAGAGCAGAGCUUCACCUGUCAGAUUGUUGUGGUUUCCAGAAGACGGACACUCUCUGUCCAGAGUGGACACACAGGCCGACUGCUUCCUCAACACAGUGCUGUGGCUGCACCAGCAUCUCUGAACACACACCCAAUGUGCACAUGGACACACACACCUGCAUGCACACGCACACACACACACACACACACACACACACACACACACACACACACACACACACA